GAUUAGGGUUUCUCAGAAUAAAACUUCCACUCGCUGCCUCUGUGUCGCAUCUCUCGUUCUUCCUAAGCCUCAAGCUUCACCCGAGAGCAACCAGCCAUGGCCGAGCAGACCGAGAAGGCUUUCUUGAAGCAACCCAAGGUUUUCCUAUGCUCGAAGAAAACCGGGAAGGGGAAGAGACCCGGAAAGGGUGGAAACCGCUUCUGGAAAAAUGUCGGCCUAGGUUUCAAGACCCCUCGUGAAGCCAUUGAAGGAACAUUCAUCGACAAGAAGUGCCCAUUCACUGGACCUGUUUCGGUUAGAGGCCGUAUAUUGGCUGGUACUUGCCACAGCGCCAAGAUGCAGAGGACCAUCAUUGUCCGGAGGAAUUACCUUCACUUUGUGAGGAAAUACCAGAGGUAUGAGAAGAGGCACUCCAACAUCCCUGCCCACGUCUCUCCGUGCUUCCGUGUCAAGGAAGGAGACCAUGUCAUCGUCGGCCAAUGCAGGCCAUUGUCAAAGACGGUUAGGUUCAACGUGCUGAAGGUGAUCCCGGCCGGUUCAUCUGCUGGUGGAAAGAAGGCGUUCACCGGGAUGUAAGAGUUCGGUUCAAGUAGAGUGCUUUGGACAGAGCUGAAUGCAAUUCUUCUUCUAGUACUGUUUUAAGUUUUGUAUAAGACAACUUUUUUUUAAAAAAAUGUUUUGCUGCACCCAUUUUGUUUAAUUCGUGAAGUUGGACGAAAUCUACAAUUUUUUCCCAGCCUUCACGCUUUCCUUGUGUUGGGUUUAAUCUUCA